UUUUGUCUUCUUUUCUAAGACUAGCUGCCGUAAAACAUGCUACUCCUGAAAAUCUCACCCUUGGAUCAAUUAAUUCUUAGAUGACCAAGUGACAGAAAAUGCGAAGUUUUCAAAAUGCCAAAGUUUCAUUUGAAAUUUAUUUACUACCAGCUAUGGUAUGCAUAUCGCGGGCUCCGCUAUAAGGCGCCAUUUUGAACCAUCAUGGCCGACUACAAACAAGUCAAAAGCGGUCGGUUAAAACUAAAAGGCCUGGAUGAGUCAGAAAAGAAAAAGAAACUCAAGAAGAAGAAGAGAAAACACGAAGAGCCUACUGAAACAGAUAUCGAUACUAUUCGUCAUGGAGGCUGGCGAAAAAUGGAAAAGUUUGACGAAGUUACUGGCAACAUAGCUUUGCAAACAUGGCGAGGGUCGUAUGUAGAAGCAUUGAACAAUGGACUAUUUACGGCAGGAGAACCGAGAGAGGAUGGAGUGAACUCUCCGGCACCGGUCGAGGUGUUUACAGCGGUUCCUGUCUCUGAGGUCAAGCUGGCCAUCAAAUCCGGUUAUGGUAAAUACAUGUCAGUCAAUACGAUGGGUGACAUCACUGGCAGAGCUGAAGCUAUCGGCCCGCAGGAGCAGCUUGAGCUGCUCUUUGAUGGAGACAAGGUUGCGCUCCAGGCAUACAAUGGCUGCUUCCUAUCUGUUUCUGAUAGUGGCAGUCUCUCUGCAAGUAAGAAGAAGGCAGGGGAAAAAGAGAUUUUCUCCAUUAGAGCUGAUAAGCCAAAAAGCAAACCAAAGACUGAUUCCCAAGUUGAAGAUGAAGAAGAUGUUACUAACUUAGAGUUAAGCUAUGUCAAGAAGUUCCAGAGCUUUCAGGACAGGAAGAUUAAAUUGAGCAAAGAGGAGCAAUCCAACUUGAAAAAGGCGAGACUAGAUGGAAGACUCCAUGAGGAGAUGCUGGAUAGGAGAGAAAAAAUGAAGUCUGACAAGUUCUGUAAAUAAAUAGCUGAAGGGAUGAGAUUGUUUUUCCUGACUGAUAGUAGGAUAGUUGCACAUGUGCAGGGGUAGGGCAUACCCACUCUGUUUGUGAUGAUCAACGGCCAGAGUCAGUGUCUGGUAAAUAAUGUCUACUUCUCCAGUAAUGCCUGAUGGACCAGAUAUUUUGAACGACCUCGUCAUUUUCUUAGCGAGUUUUUAAUGCAUUUUUUUGCUGAUGAUUAUCCAGACAGCAUUUUAGGAGGUUUUACUUCUAUAUUUUGAAAUAAUUUAGUUACAAUUAGUACCUUAACCAAGCAGCCAUCAUUGGAACAAGACAAGUGGACAAUUAAUGGAGGUUGUUUAUAGAGCUAUUAAAUGACCACAUCUAAGUAAAUAACAUAUGGUGUUCUAAUGGACAUUCGUGUGGUUGCUUAAUAGAGGUACCUAAAUUAUUAUUGUAAUAUUUUUGGGGGGAGCUCUGUCCCUGAAUUGGCAAAUGUGAGUUUGUGUACACAACCGUGUACAAAGUCCUUUUUGAAUAACUACUGUUAAAUAAGAUAUUGCAGAUUAAUCUAUUUUGUAAGGGAAGGGACAAUCAAAACACCAUCCCACUACAGAGAAUUUCUGCUAGCUAUGGUCAUGGAAAAAAAUAAUAUAGGGUUGGGUACCCUGUCUUCCGAGAGAGACUGGGGAGAGACUUUUCGGUUGUUGGUCAGAGUCAGCCAUCUUGUAAACAUGUUAUUACCGAACCAGUAAAGAUCGUUAUUCAAUAACACUACAAA